AACUGCCGGUUAAAUAAAAAUUCGAUAUAUUACGUGUAGUAUAUUUGAUUCCGUGAAAACAAAUUUAAUCAUCAUUUUCGUGUGAAAUCAUGACAGAUGAAAAUAUUGAAGAAUUGGGACCGUCGGAUUUAGGCACUCUCGAUUAGUAAGUAAUGUACUGGGACAGGGUUUACGCGGAAGAACUCGAUAAUUUCAAGGAACACGGAGACGUGGGCGAGAUAUGGUUCGGUAGAAAUAAUACACUAAAAGUCAUACGUUGGAUCACUACACAAUUAAAUCUUAACAAAGACGACAAAAUAAUCGAUGUAGGAUGUGGAAAUGGGAUGACGUUGAUCGAACUUGCUAAGAAAGGUUUUGAAAAUUUGAUAGGAAUAGACUACUCACAGAAGGCGAUUGACUUAGCCCGUGAAGUAUUUGUAGAAAAUAAUACCUCUCAUAUCGGUUUACAAGCUUGCGAUAUAUUAGAUUCUGAAACGUUUAAUUUGUCAUCGGAUUUUAAGCUAGUGCAUGAUAAGGGAACGUACGAUGCUAUCAGUUUACAUCCACAAGAUCCUGCAUCGAAACGACAGAAGUACAUAGAGAAUAUACACAAAAUUCUCUUGCCUUCUGGAUAUUUAGUUCUAACGUCAUGCAAUUGGACUAAGGAGGAAAUAGAGAAACAUUUCCAAAAUUAUUUCAACGUUUUACACAUUCUCCCGGCGGAUACGUUCACCUUCGGUGGACAAAAAGGAAACACUGUAACACAAUUAGUUCUACAAAGAAAAUGAUUAAUAAAGGAGUUGAUUAAUGAAC